CCACUUGCUUGCGAUCCCUAGUUUUUAUUCAUGAGCUCCAUCGGCGUGAUCUCAUCACGACUUGCAAAUUUGAAGACAAGGAGUCCACACACUGUCCUCAUUGGUAAUCCUGCUUUUAGUCUAAGCCUCGGGAUUGAGAUCUAAAACGAUUAAAAACUUCGAGAUUCGAAGAGCGAUCAUUUACCACAAAAAAAUAGUUUCGAUUCACACACUUUAAAGGACCUCUUAUCUAGUCGAGCGUAUGUUAUAUUAUGUUUUGGUUAGGAGCGUCGACCGUUUCCACUGGCAACAGGACUCCUGCUCUGGACCAGACCCUCAACUCUGACAACUCUGGAUGCGGGGCUUCCCACUUUUUGGAAAAAGUUUAAUCGAAUAAAUAGCGAUUUGACUAGUUAGGGACUACAAGUUACGCAACCGCGAACAAUUAUCUAUGGAAUCAAGUGUGCUUAUUGUGAAUGUGGCGGUGUUGUGGUCGCGGUUGCUGUGUAGCGGGGCUAUUGAGUUACACUGAUGGGGCUACGGUUUUGAGUUGCUGUUAUGUCGCGUAUGGCAUUCACUAUCCGAUGUUGGGCUGCUGUAACCAGCAAGAACCGUGUUAAACAUCAUUUGAUGUGAGGUAUGAGCGCAAUUAGAUGAUGGUCGAUGUAUGCUUUAAGUGCAUGAAUCGCACCGCCAAGACGCACACCCGAAACAAGCAGUGGUCAACGACAAUGGAUCCCCGAUGGUAGCCUCACUCUAAAGAUUUGGAGAGGGAGAGAAAAAAAAAGAGAGAGAGAGACAUUGACCACGUGAGGGGGCUCACUGCUCCAUCAUGGCCGCGGUGGUUCCUCCUAGAAACGGGGUGUCUGCGCUGUGCAGGGACGGGGACCAGCUCCUCGGGUCGGGCCGUGUGGCCGAGGCCACCAUCCGCUACACCUCCGCCUUCAAGACCCACGCCUCCUCCACCGUGGCCCACAUGCGGACCCUGGAGAAACCGGGCUUGGCGGCGGUGGUCUCCACCCUGGAGGGCUGGCUGGACGGCCGGGGAGACCCCCCUCCCGACGGGAGCGGGUCCCCGGCCGGUAAGGGUCUGGCGGCCGUGUUCCUGUCCACGCUCAGCCCCAACAACCUGUCCGCCACCAUCUUCAAGAUGGAGUCCCUCCUCCAGAGCGGGGGUCACGGCUGCGACGAGAUCUACGCCCGCUGCACCGCCCUGCUCGCGGGCCGGCGGAGCCCCCGUCCGGAGGGCAGUGCCCGGGCGCUGCUGGGGCUGACCCGCGCCCUGGCCUCCCUCUGCUCUGACCCGCAGGACGCCCGCUGGCUCCGCCUCUACCUCCAGGCCCACGGGGAGGACCCGUCAGAGGCGGUGGCGCUGGUCAGGCGGCGCCAGGCCCACCACCUCCCCAGGAUCGUGGAGGCCUUCGGCGGCGUUCUCUCACGGCGGUACGCGUCCUCCGUCGGGCCUGACGGAGACGGGUCUACGCCGGGGGCCGUCGAGGACCACGACGGUGACCUGGACGCAGCCGACCUGUCCAAGUUCCUCCACUUCCUGCUGGCGGUUACCCCCGGCGACAGAGGGGUGCUGGAGCAGCAGGCCUCCCAUCUGUUGUUCACGGGUCUGUACACCGAGAGCGCCGAGGCGUACUCCGCCCUCUUGGACGGCGCGCCCGCGGAGCCAAAGGAUGCGGGUUCGAACCCCGAGGGGAGCGAGCCGGGACCCGACGCCGAGACGCAGGCCAGGCUCUUCACGGGUCGGGCGGCGGCCCGCUUCUCGGCGGGGGGCCGGGCGGCGGAGGCGUGCGGCGACCUGGGCGCGGCCUUCGAGCUCCACCCGGCCUCCGCCCGCCGACACUUCCGCAAGUCCUUCGCCGGGGGGGGCGGCGCCGGCCUGGCCGCCCGCCAGCACCUCCGCCAGCAGGCGGACCGGGGGCUGCUGGCCUACCGGGAGAGGGUCCUGCUCCGGGCGGACCUGCGCUCUGACGAGGGGGCUGACCUGCUGGACCCCGCCGUCACCCACCUCCGGACCCUGUGCCGGCUGGAGCCCGGCGGCGGCGAGCGGGAGCUGCGCGUGCGCCUGGCCGAGUGCCUCCUGCUCCGGGGGGAGCACCGGGAGGCGCUGUCCAUCUGCAGCCAGCUGGCGGCCCCGGCCCCCGGCGCCCCCCACAGCUACCACAACACGGUGCGCGUGCUGCGCGGCUACGCCAGGGUGCUGGCGGACGACCACCAGGGGGCGGCGGAGGACUUCCAGGCGGUGAUCGAGCACGGCGCCCCGCACCCGUGCAGCUGCGUGCGGGCGCUGUGCGGCCGGGGGCUGCUGCGCAUGGGGGCGGGCCGGCGAUACCUGGCGGCGCUGGACUACGUGACGGCCAGCCGGCUGCAGCCCCAGGAGGCGGGGCUGACGCUGCGCUGCCUGGUGCCCUGGAACAGCCGGGGGCUGCUGCUGGCGCUGCUGCUGGAGCAGGGGAGGGUGAUGCUGGAGGGCCGGGGGGGCGGCGGGGGGCCCCGGGGGGGCGGGGGCAGCGUGCCCCGGGGGGAGAGCCUGCAGCCCGGCAAGCUCCUGAAGGAGGGGGAGCCCCCACCACUCAUACGGGCCCCCACCAAGAGAGACGAGCACAGAGAAGGCACCCCGGGCGGCGUCCACUGUCUGGCUGUGCUGCUGAUGGAGCUGCAGCCCGGGGCGGACGGGCCCCAGAUCCUGGCGGCGGACGCCCUGUACCAGCUGGGCCGCGCGGAGGAGGCCCACCGGCUGCUGCUGGCCCUGGGGACGGCGGCGGGCCCCAGGGGCCCGGUCCUGGCCCGCCUGGCCCUGCUGCAGCUGAACAGGGGCUUCAUGUACGACGCCAACCAGCUGCUGAAGAAGCUGAUCCAGUGUGGGGACACCAGCUGCCUGCGGCCCCUGCUGGCGCUGGCACGCCCCAAAGACAAGGAGCUGCUGCAGGCCCACUGCCACACCGCCUCCCAGCGCGUCUUGGUGGGGACCACUACCUCCACCGCCACCAAUACAUCCACCUCCACCUCCACCAACCCUAACCCCGACACCAACACCAACCCCAACACCGUGAAGGAGGAGGGGGUUCUCCGUGAGGCCGUCGCCUAUCUCUCCAUCGCCAUCAUGGCCUCCGGGGGGGCGGCGGCCGACUCUCUGCUGGAGAGAGCCCGCUGUUACGCUCUGCUGGGCCAGCGAAAGACGGCCAUCUACGACUUCAGCGCCAUCCUCAAGGAGCGCCCGGACCACGUGCACGCCCUCUGUGGGCGGGGCUUCACCUACCUGACCCUGGACCAGCAAAAGGAGUGCACUGAAGACAUCUUGUCAGCCCUCCGGCUCAACAUCGACACCGUCACCAAAGACAUCCUGUCGCUGAAGGACAAGGCCCGGACACUGGUCUGUGAUUGGUUGGAGCAGUACUGCCGGACCAAUCAGCUGCAGAGCUUGGUCGCCAAGGCGGUGCCCUGCCAGGAGGAUCAGCUGAGGGAGGCCUUCUUGAUCAGCGGAGCUCUGCUGAGGGUGGACUGCAGGAACCCCAGGUGGCACCUCCUCUACGUUGAUGCACUCCUAGCCAAAGGUGAGGUGAAGGCGGCGGGAGCUCACCUGAGCCAGGUGUUUGGCCAGGAGCCGCGGGAGGCCGUGGCCCAGGCCCGGCUGGGCGUGGUGGAGGCGUGGCAGCAGGACUACCAGGGCGCGGCCCAGAGGCUCAGCACACUGGCCGAGAAAGACCCCUCCAUCCUGGGCUUCCUGCUCAGCCUGCUCCCCCUCAGCCACAGGAGACGCGUGACGCAGGCUGCUGCUCAGGAGGCCGGCCGUCUGUCCUCCGCUGGCAGCUGGUCCAGCACCCUCCCCCUGCUGACCGUGGCGGUCCAGGCCGCUGCCGCCGCCAGCCCCCGGAGACUCCAGUACCUGCGGCAGCGGGCCGCCUGCCUGGCCCGGCUGGGCCUCCAUGAGCGCGCCGUGGCCGACCUGGACGGCGUGAUCCGUAGCCACGCCGACGGCUCCGGAGCCCCGAAGGCGGCGGCGGCGGUGGCGGAGGAGGGGGAGGGGGAGGGGGAGGAGGAGAGGGGCGCCCGGGCGGAGGACCUCUGCAGGCGGGGCCGCAGCCUCCUGCUGAGCCGCAGAGAGGGCCCCGCGCUGGACGACUUCUCCCGGGCGCUGGCGCUCCACCGGGCCCGGGCGGUGCGGUGCGCCGAGGCCGGCGUGGGCCGGGGCCCGCUGGGGGAGUGCUUCCUGCGGGGGGCGCUGCGGCGCUACGGGGAGCAGCGGCUCGGCGAGGCCUGGAGGCUGGUGGAGGACGGGCUGGUCCUGGACGGGGACAACGCGGGGCUGCGGCGCCUCAGGGCCAGGGUGAAGCGGGAGGCGGGCGGCCCCUGUAACGUCAGCUAGUGGCGGGAGGAGGGGGGGCCCUGUAGCGUCAGCUAGUGGCGGGAGGCGUGCGGCCCCUGUAACGUCAGCUAGUGGCGGGAGGCGGGCGGCCCC